AUGCUCGACAAAUAUCUCGCCAGCUCUCCGACGGUCAUCGAAACCCUUGCCAGCGGUAGCAUUACAAAGAACAAGAAAUGGGAGGUACAGCGCGAGCUCGAAAGAUGGCAAAGGGAUUGGGAAAUCAUGGGAGUUCCAAAGCAUGGAAAUUAA